AUGACAAUUACAUUAGGAGAGGCUAUAUGGGCCUCAGUAAAACCAAUUAUUAAAAUAUAUUUAAUUAUAGCUACAGGUAUAGUAUUAAGUCGGUUAGCAUUAUUAUCUGUAGAAACUACACGUGCAAUUUCAGAUGUUGUACUAGCGGUAUUAUUACCAUGUUUAGCAUUUAACAAAAUUGUUGGAUCAUUGGAGGCAAGAGAUGCAAAGACUGUUGGUAUAGUGGCAAUUAGUGCUGUACUAGUUUAUGCAACUGGACUUGGUGCUGCAUUGAUUGUAAGUUCAUUAUUACCAUGUCCACCAGAAUGGAAAGGUGGGAUUUUAGCAGGCGGAAUGUUUCCAAAUAUUUCAGAUUUGCCAAUUGCUUAUUUACAAACAAUGGAUACAUUUGUAUUUACAGAAGAAGAAGGUGCAAGAGGUAUAGCUUGUGCAAUUAUUUUUUUAACAACUUUUCUAUUAUGUGUUUUCAAUUUAGGUGGAUUUAGAUUGAUUGAACACGAUUUUAAAUAUGCCGACGUGGAAUCUCAAUCUAUUACACCAAGUUUAGAAAUAUCACCUUCAUAUAUGAAAGAUGAACAACGAACAAGAGAUUCAGAUAGAUCUACUUUAACUUCUGUACCUGAAUUACAAGAAGAAGAAAGUAGUCAGGGAUCAAUGUAUACUUUAGAUACACAAAGAGCUUCUUUAGCUCCAACACAUACAAGAAGUAGUAUAGCCCCUACAGCAAUAUCCUCAUUACCAUCAGUAUCAACAUUUUCAACAAUGACACAAUCAUCUGUUCAAGCUUAUGGAGAUGAUGAUGACAAUUAUACUAAUGAUGGAAGAUCUAGUAAUCUCAGUAAUUGUCCAUCAUGUCUGGCUGCCGCUGCUGCAUCUCGUACAUCUUCUUCAUCAUUCUCUUCUGCAUCAGGUUUAAGGAAUAGAGCAGAUUCUAUGAACACUUUGCAUUCAGUUAGAUCUAUUGAUCAAAGAACUACUAUGCCAAUUCAAGGGUUACCAGAAAUGAUUUAUGAAUAUUCAAAUGUAGAUCAAUUUGGGAAAGAACGUCGUCCAUCUUCAGCAUCUGCAUUCUCAACAACAACUAUGUAUAGUGAAGGAACUGGUAGUGAAUAUUCGAUGGAAGAAAAAACAGGUAAAAAAUUACCUAUAAUGGAUCGUAUUAGAUCUUCAAGAUUAACUAGAAUGGUUACAUCAGAUGCGACAGUGAAUAAACAUGAUAUUGAUAUCUCAGGUGAAAGUGUAUUGCCUCGAAUGAUUAUAAAGAUUCCAGGAUCACACCUAUUAAUGUUUUUUUUAACAAAUUGUUUAAGGCCAUGUUCUGUUGCUGUAUUUGCUGGUCUUUUCAUUGCAUUCAUGCCAUGGUUAAAGGCGUUAUUCGUUACAUCAAAUCAUACUCCUUAUGUUGGUUUGGCACCAGAUAAUCAACCUGUAUUAAGCUUUAUAAUGGAUUAUACUGGAUAUUUAGGUGCAGCUUCGGUUCCAUUUGGUUUGUUGUUAUUAGGAGCCACCUUGGGUAGAUUACAAAUUAGUUCAUUAUAUCCUGGAUUUUGGAAAACUGCUACUUUAUUAGUAUUUCUAAAAUUAUGUAUAAUGCCAAUAUUUGGCGUCUUAUGGUGUGAUAGAUUAGUGAAAGCAGGUUGGUGUACAUGGGAAGAUGAUAAAAUGUUAUUAUUUGUUAUUGCAAUGACCUGGGGUUUACCUACAAUGACUACAUUAAUUUAUUUCACUGCAAGUUAUACACCAGCUGAUGCCGAAGAACAUAUUCAAAUUGAUUGUACUUCAUUUUUCAUCGUUUUACAAUAUCCAUUACUGAUAAUAUCGUUACCAUUCCUAGUAACUUAUAUGUUAAUGGUUCAAUUAAAAGUAUAA